CCCCCCUGGCAAGUAGUAGUCGCCAUUUUGAUUGCAUAUGUUGUGUUUAAGUUUGGUUUCCUAAAAAUUAUUAUUUUUAGGCCUAUCUAUUGUGGCUGUAAUGGAAUAUUCUAAUAAACUGUACAGAGAAAAACUUCUAUUAAACAGUAAAGUUUAUAUUCUACAGUGCGUAACGUUUGAAUGGUUUAUUUUUGAAUAACUUAUAAUUUAAAUUGCAUAAACAUGUUUUAUGCACAUUUUGUACUAGCCAAAAAGGGCCCACUGGCCCGAAUUUGGCUAGCCGCUCAUUGGGAUAAAAAAUUAACAAAAGCCCAUGUAUUCGAGACCAACAUUGAGAAAUCCGUUGAUGGCAUAUUGCAACCAAAAGUGAAAAUGGCAUUGAGAACGUCGGGUCAUCUACUGUUAGGUGUGGUGCGAAUUUAUUCUCGCAAAGCAAAAUACUUGCUCGCCGAUUGCAAUGAAGCAUUUGUUAAAAUCAAAAUGGCAUUCAGGCCGGGCAUGGUCGAUUUGCCAGAAGAGCAUCGCGAAGCUGCCGUAAAUGCAAUUACAUUACCGGAGGUGUUUCACGAUUUUGAUACUACAAUGCCGGAACUGAAUGAUGUAGAUAUAGAAGCACAAUUCAGUUUAAACCAAUCACGCGCAGAGGAAAUUACGAUGCGAGAAGAUUAUGGUAAUAUUACAUUGGUAUCUAACGACGAUGGUUUUGGGGAUAUGGGUUUCGAUACCGAUGCACCGGACUUAAUGCGACACACUUCGGCUUUAGAACCUUCAAUGGAACAAAGCAAUCUGCUAUUUAGUGAUGGGCCAGGGCUUGAUGGUGUAAGCCAUUUAGAUAAGGAUAGAGAACCAAUCCCGUCAACGUCUGGCACUCAACCUUCCCAUACGCCUAUGGAGGUUGAUGCCCCGAUUCGUGAUGAUGGAUUUGGCUCGAAUAUUGACCAAAAUAUAAUGUCCGGUGGCUUAUUUGAAGGAGGCUUAUUUGAUGAUACCCCUAUGGAUGUUGUGCCUCCAGUCGAGCCGGGUAUUCCAGAAGCGCCCGUGCCUCGCCCUUCAUCUCCCCAUGAUAGUGAAGAUGAUGACAUGGACCACUUUGGUGGUCCCCCAUCUGUUGGAGGCCAUAGUUCUGCAAGCUCCAGACCACAUUCUGCUUUAGGCUCGAUAGCUCCCGAACCGGGUGCAUUACAAAUACCGACCCCGGCAAUAGAUCGACCAGAGCAAUAUGGUCAAAUUGAAGAACCGCCCCAUGCCUCACCACCUUUAGAACAGACUACUUUGUUGCAAAAUGAAGAAGAAAGUUUCGCAUUGGCACCUGUAGAUGCUUCUGUGCUGAGAGGACAUUCUUUCCUUUUAGGCUUAACCAAGGCGAAGCGUAAACGGAAACUUAUAGUGGAUGAAAUCAAGAAUAUAUCGGGAGAAGAAAUGAAGAAUCAAUUAUCAGACACGUCGGACAUUGUUACAACAUUAGAUUUGGCUCCCCCUACCAAGCGACUAAUGCAUUGGAAGGAAACUGGUGGUGUAGAGAAAUUAUUCGCUUUACCGGCUAGGGCCAUACCUGCUAGACUGUUAUCGAAGAAUUACCAAAGGCAUUUGAUAUUGAGGUGUAUAGGUACUGAAGAUUUUGCUAUGUUAGGUGAUGCAGAUUCUUUAGCCUUAGAACAACCCCGUGAAGCAGAAGAACAACCUAGUAUAGAACCUACUCCUCCAAAACGUGGACGUAAAAGAAAAAUUGUUGAGGAUGUUAGCAAAACACCAAUUCAUCACCCUGAACCACAACCACUCCCUCAACAGGAGGAUAUUUUAAGUGCUAUGAUACCUACAUCUGCCCCACCUACCCCAUUACAACUUUCACACAUAAUUCCACCAGCGCACGAGGAAAGUGAACAAGUUAUUAUGCCCCCUCCACCUACGCCACCUCCUGCAUAUCCUACAAUACCCAGUGUACCGCCCACGCCAACUGUAACAUACCCCAGUACACCUCAACCACAACUAGGAUAUCCAGGUACGCCUGGUCCUCCUGCGGUCGGUUAUCCGCCUAGUGUCGGUCAGUCUUCCAUGAUGUACAGCAGCACUCCCGCCCCACAACAGUAUCCUUCUCCAACGGCACCUCCCACUCCUUUGGCACAUAUUGAAGAAAUGCCUCAUUUGCCACCAGAUCAGGUACAUUCGCUAUUGCAAGAACAGGAAUCUUUGGGUGGUUUAGUACCUCCGAUGACACCUGCCACUACCGAGGAUAUCUUAGGAGAAAUGACAUCUGCAGCACCUCCCCAUCCGACACCUCUCACCCAAAGCGAUCUUGACUCUCUUCAUAGAAUACAAGAUAUUCCACUUGCACCAAUGGAUAAUAUGGGAUAUAAUCAGAGUCAAUUACAAAUGGCGAAUAUGGGUUAUGAUGAAAAUGUUCCUACCCAAAUGCCAGCUGGUGCUAUGUCGGAACGUGUACAGUCACCAUGGCAUGCGGAUUAUGAUUUCCCACCUUCUGCCGGACCAGCCGAUGAACAGAUGGAAAACGAAACGGACGAACAAUUUGAAGAACGUGUGCUUAACAAACGUGCGUUUCAAGUGUUCACCCAAGUGCGAUCUAAACUACACAAUACAGAUAAAUUGUACUUUACUGACAUGUGCAUGCGACAUUCAAGAAAGCAAGCAGCUCAGAAGUUUUAUAGUUUACUCGUACUAAAAAAAUUCCAAGUAUUAGAGUUAGAGCAAGCCGGCGCUUACGAGGAAAUCAUCGUUUCGAGAGGGCCCAAAUUUGAAAAUCCCAGUUUGUAAACUAAUAUGUAUAAAAGAAAUUGUACAACUAAUAAUUGUUAUGAUUUUAUUAUAGUUUAGAUUUUUGUAGAGUUAUAGCGUGAAUUUAUAAUACUGCAAUUGAGGAAAACGAAAAACCGGACGGUUUUACUUAAAUAAUAAUAUUUUUGGGUGCAUCGAAAUUAAUUUAUUUUGUGACCGAGAUUAUGAACUUUUAUAAUGUUAAGGAGAUAUUCGCCAAAGGACUUUUAUUUAACUAUAUAACGUGACCUGGUUAGUCAAUAAAUCAAAUUAUUUUCAUUAAUCGUAAAAUGUAAUUAUUCACUGAUUACAUGUGAGAUCGGUACAAUUAUAAAUCAAGCGUUAAAUCACCUCGUGUCUUUGUCUGAUAUGCAGUCUAAUAUGUGUACAUAUACAAUAUUUGACUAUUUACUUUUGUACCCAUAUUAUGUUGGAUAUAGCGACGUUAUUGUAAUUGGUGGUUAAGCAAUAUCUUUGACAAAUCUACUAUAAUUAAUGUUACUUGUUUCGUUGUAAGUUGAAGACCUUUAAAUGUACUUUAUGACAUACUGAAUAAGUAUUUAAGUGACGUUUCUUAUUCAAGAGCGGUCAUUCCAGUGUGAUAAUGUUUAAUCAAAAAUCAAUCAAAUUCUUGCACAACGUUAAUUUGAACUGUGUUUACACAGUAGGUAUGUUGGUUUUCAGGAAACAUGUAUUGCCUAACUUUCUGUAUCAAAAUUAUCCAAUUUCGAAUGCAAUUAACAGUAUAUUUUGGAGGAUGGAGGACCAAUCAAAGUUUCAUUGUUCUGAUUUUUUAUCCUCAUUCCCUUCUUUAACCAAAACUGAAACAUGUUAUGAAGUAGCAACCAAUUUACUGUCAUGAAAAUUAUUUCAUAUUAAGCUAGUUUUACAUCAACAAUUUCUUCAUGAAGUUAUUUAUCAAUUUAUUGAACAAUUUCUUGCUCAAGUUCCUUGGUUUUACACUGCUGUUAACUUGAUCAAUUUCUUGUUGUUUUUAAAGUCAUUGUACAAUUUCACCAACCUUUAAUUAUUUUAAGAUUAGGUUGUCAUUUUUUUAAUUGUGCAGAAAAAAAAUUGAAUGUUUCCCUCUGUCUUGAAUAGAAGAUUACGGAAUAGAAAAAGGAAAAUCGUGAUAUUAUAGCUCAUAAAAAUGCGACAAGAAAUUGAUUAAGUUAUUACAUCCAAUUCCGUGUUUACACUCAUAACAUUUUCUUGUCAAAACGACUUGAACAAGAAUUUGACCAAUUUAUUUUGUUGAUGUAAAACCAGCUUUACGAAAAACAAAAAUCAACAUAAAAAAUUAUAUGGAUAACUUUGGUACAGUCUGUUAAUAAAAGUUCAGUGUGUGACAAAGACAAUUUAAAUUACUGCUUUACCACUAAACUUUGACCACCUUUUUUUAAGUAUUAUUUGUUGUACUGCAUGUUUUAACAAAAAGGUUUUUAUUUUUCUACUUCCAAUGUACAUAUCAAAGAAAUAAGAGGCAUUUAAAAUCUUAUGUAAGAGAAGUAAAACAAGUUCAUUCAGUUAUUUAUAUUUAAUGCUUUAUUGUACCUAACCAAUAUGAUCAUAUUGUAAGGUGUUAUAAUGCUUUUUACAAUAGCACGUAAUUUGUUACAUUUAUGCAAGUGUUUCAGUUUUAUGCAUUCUAUCAACUUUUAUUAUUUACAACAGAAUUUACAAAUAUAUACAUUAAAUUAAA